GGUCAGUACAUUUUUCAUGUCUAUAUAUAGACAACAAAAAAAAGAUGUUACAUACAAUACUCAAAAAGAAGAAAGAAAAAAUGUUUACGGAGGAAAAGAAGAAAAACAAAAACUAUGGAUCAAUCUUUAUCUACUGCUUCUUCUGUUUCGUAUUCGUCGUGGAAGUCGCAAGGUUCGCAAAACCUUACUACAAAAACCUUGAAAACCUAGUGGAGGAGACAGAAGCACUAGUAGUAGAAGAAGGUUUUGUGGGCUUGGAGAAAUCAGGGAUACUUCCGCCAUGUCCCUUCAAGAGAUCUCGCUCUGCCUUAUCUGUUCCUGUUCGGAAUCACCAGAAACUAUCGGGAGCAAUAAGGAGAGAAGAUAGAACUCGUCCUCCAUCUUCGUAUUGCGUGAAGUUCACGUCAUUUGCCACUUUGCAGCAGCUGGUCAAAGGCAACGGUGACAAGUGGGAGUCACGUCCUUUCUCUGUCGGUGGAUACAAUUGGACUUUAAUAAUCUACCCGAACGAGAACAAGCCUCAGGGCUCGGGUGGAUACGUUUCCAUGUACGUAAGAAUCGAUAACUCAACUCUCAUCGCCAAUCCAAGAGAUGUGUAUGCAGAGAUCACAUUCCUCACCUAUAAAAGCACUAUAGACAAGUACCAUUUUCUUCAGGAGACUGAUGCGCAGCGAUUUCAUUUGUUUAAACAACAGUGGGGGCAGCUAAACUUUCUUGAGAUUGGGUAUUACAGAGAUCCGGGACAAGGUUUCAUUUUCGACGGCGGACAAAGUGUGUUUGGCGUUGACAUCCUCGUUUCUAAUCCUUUUGAGAACUGGGAAGUUUUCUCUUACGAAGAAAACAUUCUUGAUCCUGUUUUUAAUUGGAAGCUCACCAAAUUCUCUACCCGUGAUCUUGACUCUUACUCUUCUGAUCCUUUUUCUUCCGGUGGACGUAACUGGGUAUUGAAAGUGUAUCCAAAUGGAGUUGGACCUGCAACGGGUAAUUCGUUGUCACUCUUUUUGUUGAGUGCGUCAAAUGAAAAUGGUUACGUGAAAGCCAAGCUACGAGUUCUUGACCAGAUCCGAUCCACUCAUGUGGAGAAACAAGUGGAGGGAUGGCCCAACGCAACAGAAAGAGGAUGGGGUUUCGAGAAGUUUCUACCUCUUGCAGAUAUCAAAGACGCAUCCAAAGGUUUCCUCGUCAACGAUACACUCAAAGUUGAAGUCGAGAUCUUGUCCUUCUCUAAAUCCGACUCUCUUUAAUUAGGGUUUAAUUAAGAUGAUCGAUCCCGAUCAAUCAUUCGUGUGUUGUUUUUUUCAUGUUUUACCAGGAGGUAGUGAUUAGAUCAAAAAGCAGAGUAAUCUCUGUCUGCUAUGUAAUUACUAUCACUCUGGUUCACCGUUUCUGUUUCUGUCUAAUAAUGAAAAGUCCGAGCUCUUCUAUGUCUUGAACUUGUUUGUCCAAUAGAAGGAAUGGUUAAUGUUUCUGA